CGUGGGAUUCAGUUUACUAUUGUGCAGACCUGGCGGGGUAGGGACACAAACACACAAAUCAGUGCAGCACCAACCCUGGAUGGAUUCUGUCAAAGUUUAUGAUCUUUCUUAAAUCAGAUAAUCUGAAAGUUGAUACCCAAGGCCUGCCUGCCAAUAUCGCUACAACGUACUCAUUACCUCCCCUACUUUCACGCUCUACCUUUAAUGUCCCCACAUUGUUCCCGGAUCUGAUGGACGCCGGCAGUACUCCCACCAUGAACCUGCCUGCAUGCCUCGUGUGCUUGCUUGUACUGCUUCCCGACUGGCAGAUGGCUCAGGACCCAGUCACCGGCCUCACAACGUGCGUUGAUGAAACGUCGCCCGCUGUCUGUUCCAUGGCCGCCAAGAGUAACAGUUACUGUAGUCCCGGUAACACAAUCAACAGGUGUAGAAGAUCAUGCGGACUGUGUGAUUCCACGACCGUCAGCACCAACGGCCUCGACACAUGCAGGGAUGAAACAUCGAGCCUCAUCUGUGGCGAGGCCAUACAGACUGAAGAGUACUGUAGUCCUAGAAAUACAAACAACAAAUGUAAACGAUCCUGCGGACUGUGUGAGUCCACGACAGUCAACACCACCAGCCUCGACUCGUGCAAGGAUGAAAUGUCGGCCAGCAUCUGUUCCGUAGCCAUAACGAAUAAGGCCUACUGUAGCCCCAACAACCCAGGCAACAAGUGUAAGAGGUCCUGCAGACUGUGUGGCACAGUGAGUACCCCAGUCCCGUGCAGAGACGACUUGGGGCAGAAGGAAUGUGCGGAUAUCAUCACGGCGAAUGGGAGUUACUGCAACUCCACAAACAAAAACAAUCAGUGCAAACUGUCUUGUGUCCUCUGUGGCACAGUGAGUACCCCAGUCCCGUGCAGAGACGACUUGGGGCAGAAGGAAUGUGCGGAUAUCAUCACGGCGAAUGGGAGUUACUGCAACUCCACAAACAAAAACAAUCAGUGCAAACUGUCUUGUGGCCUCUGUGACGCUAGCUGUAGCGACCACUUGCCCUGGACGCUCUGCUCAGAACUUAUCAAGAAAAACAAGUUCUGCACUCAGUCGGAUCGGAACAAUGGGUGCAAAAUGUCAUGUGGAUUAUGUAAGACUGGUAGCACGGCAGGUACGUGGGCAUCUACCGUCACCCCGUCAGGGAACGUGACGACCGUAGCUGGGGUCCUUCCGUCUCCGACAACACUGAACCAAACAUCGGGGAACGCGACAACCGUAGCUGGGGUCCUUCCGUCUCCGACAACACUGAACCAAACCUCGGGGAACGCGACAACCGUAGCUGGGGUCCUUCCGUCUCCGACAACACUGAACCAAACCUCGGGGAACGCGACAACCGUAGCUGGGGUCCCCCCGUCUCCGACAACACUGAACCAAACCUCGGGGAACGAAACAACCGUAGCUGGGGUCCCCCCGUCUCCGACAACACUGAACCAAACCUCGGGGAACGUGACAACCGUAGCUGGGGUCCUUCCCUCUCCGACAACACUGAACCAAACCUCGGGGAACGGGACAACCGUAGCUGGGGUCCCUCCGCCUCCGACAACACUGAACCAAACCUCGGGGAACGGGACAACCGUAACUGGGGUCCUUCCGUCUCCGACAACACUGAACCAAACCUCGGGGAACGUGACAACCGUAGCUGGGGUCCCCCCGUCUCCGACAACACUGAACCAAACCUCGGGGAACGUGACAACCGUAGCUGGGGUUCCUCCGUCUCCGACAACACUGAACCAAACCUCGGGGAACGUAACCACCGACUACAAUGGACAGAGGAUGAAUAGCUCCGUACAACUCCAACAAAAUAACUCGAGAUCCAACCAUUCAAACCAGACGGAUGAAUCGAAAUCUGUUUCUAAUGACACUGUCCGACUAAACGUGUCCACAGGUAAUCUGGCCCUAGGCAAGCCCUCCACACAGAGCAGCACGGUGUCGGGCGGGGGUGCAGGUCUGGCUAAUGACGGCAAGUACGGCACAAAUGGAACGGAGUGUAGUCGCACAGAUCCCAAACAGAGCAGCUCCUGGUGGCGUGUCGACUUACAAGGGAUCUACACAAUAACCUCCGUCGUCAUCCUCAACAGAAAGGACUGCUGCUGUGGGGCGCUCAAUAGCGUGACCAUAGAUGUUAACAGCAAGGACAGAGACAUCACAGUCGAAGAUGAGGCUGAGGGGGACGACCCAGUCAGAAACUGUGACGUCACAUCUCGUCCCUUCUCUUGCGGCGAGAAGCGAGUGUUGAGAUGUGCUGUCAAUGUCUGGGGUCGGUAUGUCUGGAUCAAGCAGCCGAUGCCUGGAAUGACGCUGUGUGAGGUGGAGAUCUACGGCGAGUCGGUCACAGGAACAGAGUGUCCUGUCCUGAGGAAUAAAAAUUUCCCUUCCGAGAACUUCUUACCGACUUUUUCCACAAACAAACGCAGUGUGGGGACGGAUGUGAAGGUCACAGGCUGUAGGGCUGGUCAGACGCUGCUGGGCACCAAGGGCUUGAAAUGUCUACCCAACCUUCAGUGGGACAAUACUGCGCCUAUCUGUAUUGAAAACAGAAAGAACCUGGCAUACAGGAAGAAUGCAACACAAAGUUCCACUCUGGAACCUGGUCUGCCCGGUAACGCGGUCGACGGAGAUGUUGGGCAGUAUUCCUGCUCGACCACCAAACCAUUGGACAUGAGACCGCGGUGGACGGUUGACCUGGGCGGUCACUUCAGCAUCAAUGAUGUCAUCGUCGUCAACAGACGCGACUGUUGCUGUCACCACCUCUCUAACAUCACCAUUGCGGUUGAGGCUGGUGGAGAUUUGCCCCCUGUGAUCUGCGCUACGAACACGCCCGAGUUCGCCUGUGGCGAGAUGCGCUCCUUCACCUGUCCGCUCCACACCAUCGGCCGCCGUGUUUACAUCGAGAAACCUUCUCAAACUCUCACUCUAUGCGAGGUCGUCAUCCAAGGGAAGAUAUUCAUUGCCAAAGAGUGUCCGCCCCUCAUUUCGCCGUCUGGGGAGUCGGGGGACGUCCCCGCUGUGCGGCUGAGCAGCCAUAGGAGACGUCCCGGGGACACCGUCACAAUCAGGUGUCCAAGGAGGACAUCCCUCAUAGGAAGCAACUCACUCAAGUGCCUCAACUCCGGACAGUGGGAUAAACAAUUGCCCAUGUGUAUUGAUAUGAGGACUGAUGUUGCUAAGUGGAAAGCGUCCUCUCUCUCAACUACUCUCAACACAAAAGGUGCAGCACGCCUAGCUAAUGACGCCAAAUUCCCUUCAGACGGGAGACCUCCGCGUUGUGCAAGAUCCCGCCCAGACGACAAGCGACCAUGGUGGCGCGUUGACCUUGGAGCUGUACACACUGUCAAUAAAGUCUACGUCGUAAACGGCAUAGAGACCUGCAAUGCUCGUUUCGAUAUCAAAGUUAUCAACAAAAAUCUGAUGACAGCAAUAGAGACUUUGAAGUACUGCGUUAAAAACGCUGAGGUGAAAGGCUGUGGUCAAACAGAUCAGUUCCGGUGUGGGGAGGGCGUGGUUGGUAACAUGGUUGUCAUAGAGAAACACAGCCCUGUCCUCGUUCUGUGCGAGGUGGUAGUGAUUGGAAAGCGACAGGAAGUUGAAUGUCCGUCCCUUCAAGGGGCUAAGUACGUUCUGUCAUCAUUCAGCACGAAGGAAGGUUCUGACGUCACAAUCAACAAAUGCACUGACGGCCUGGCAGUUGCGGGGCCUAAAAAACUGAAGUGUCUUCGAUCUGGAAGGUGGAACAAACUGCCCCCCGCUUGUCUUGACAUCAGAGAGAAUCUUGCCAGGAACAAGCCCGCUUCCAUGAGCUCUGCCGAGCACUUCAACAUCAGUUCUGCGGCCAUGGCGGUGGAUGGGAUCUUUGACCACAACUUCGUUGGCACUAACUGCUCCAUCUCACACAUGCACGACACACGGCCCUGGUGGCAGGUCGACCUACAGGGCAUCUACCAGGUCCAGAUAGUCACCAUCACCAGCAGACACGAUUCUCGAUGUUUGGAGAUGCGGGGCAUACAUGUGGUAGUCUACGGCGAGGAUGUUAUUCCACGCAACCCCAGGUCCAAAGGGAAUCUGUGUGACCCGCGACAGAAGACUCUUCACUGUGGCCACACCCUGACACUCACCUGCAAACCUUCUGCUGUUGGCCGUUACGUUCGGGUCGCAAAAUACGAGCCUGGCCUGUCUCUCUGUGAAGUGGUAGUGAAAGGAAGGAAGCAAGCCCGUACAGAUUGUCCUCCUUUGGAAGACAAUCGUCUGCCUUCAGGUCUUUUCAACAAGUACAACCUGAAUGGACUGCAGGCAACAAACACAUCUCGCUCCCGGGGAACAGAGCUUCGCGUUGGUUGCCGCAACAACUACAGGCCAAUUGGCCACACCUCCCUCGUGUGCCAGAAGACUGGCCAGUGGGAUGCAGAACCUGCAGUGUGUUCAGGCAAGCAGACCUAGUCGUUCUCUCACGGGUGACACAUGACUUCAUUCAGCAUUGUUUGAUACUGUAGGUGUGCUGUAG